AUGAACACAGAAGAGAAUAAAAGUGAAACAUCGGGUACGUUGUCAACAACAGAUAACGUAUCGGGGUUUUUCAUAGACGAUUACUCACAUCUCAGACUAUCUUAUCACGGAGCACACUUCAAAACGUCUAAAGAAACAUCCAGUGACUCUUCUGUUUCCUAUGGUGAUAGCUCCUUCGGAUUCAAUAGUUGUGAUACAAUUGAAACUGACUUGAGCGAAUGCGUCCAGGAAUCGGAUGAACGGAAAAAAAUGCGGGAAUAUUAUAUCUCUCAACUACCAGAUUUACCCCAUCCGUCAUGCACUGUAGCUUCUAUUAUAGCCACUGCCUCACAGAAAAUGGGGUCGCAAUUUAGAUAUAACAGCAGAAUCGAACGAGGUGAAAGCAGUGGACGUCGAGAGGAAUUGCAGUUCUUGCCCCAACGCAGGUCAACUUUAAAGUGUAAAGAGCUUCCUAAAUAAU